UUUAGCCAAGUAGCACGCCCUGACCGCGUCCGAGAAUGAGCAAGUGGCUGGAUUGUGUUUGUUUAUCUAUUUCCCCAGUGCAGUCUCCACAAUGCCUGCAAUCCAGAGCUUAACGCUAACUUGCGACGCGCUGAACGAGAAUGAGACGUUUUCGGAGGGAGACCUUCUGACUGGGAAAGUAACGUUGGCCUUAUUGAAGGAGACCCCAGUGGAGAGCCUGACUGUAAAAGCCAAAGGAGACGCUGAUGUCCGCUGGACGAGAAAGAGCGGCGACCGCACCCAUACGUACUCUGCACACAAGAGAUACUUCAAACUGAAGCAGUUUCUGAUCCCAGAGGACUCGAAGGAAACUGUAGUUCCCAAAGGGAUCCAUGUCUACAAAUUCAGCUUGCAAAUACCACCAGGAAGCAUGCCUUCAUCCUUCAAGGGAAUUCAUGGAAAGAUUGUCUACAACUUGGAAGUCAAGUUGUCCAGGAGUUGGAGGAUGGACCGCAAAGUAGAAAAGGACAUAAGCUUUGUCUCCAAGUCCUAUCCAAACCUUCAUUCUCUGAUGUCACGCCAAGUUGGUUCAACCAAGAAAGAGAUGGGGCUCUUCUCAAAAGGACAUGUACACAUGGAUGUGACUGUUGACAAGAGUGCUUAUGCACCAGGUGAAACUCUGGUGAUCAUUGCAAAAAUCAACAAUUCCUCAUCCAGUGAGAUGAUUCCCAAAUUCAGUGUAACCCAGAAUGUGGUAUACCGUGCCAACAGCAGUACCAGACAUGAGAGCCAUGUUAUCCACAAAGUGGUUGACAAGGGUAUUAAAUCCCAAACACAGAAGACUGUCAGGUGUGCAAUACAGAUUCCUCGUGUUCAGAUGCCAACCAUCCAUAAUUGUGACAUUAUCUCAGUGGAAUACCAGUUAAAGGUGUAUCUGGACAUCAGCUUUGCUUUCGACCCAAAGAUAACGUUCCCAGUGGUCAUUAUUCCCCCAGACCUCGCUCCUGGCCGUCAGCCCGGUGGUGCUGAGGGCCCCUAUCCAGCUGGGGCUGCUGGGGGCCCAAGCAACAGCGACUUCCCUCCCCAUGCGGUGUCUAUAGAUCCCUAUCCUGUAUCCCCCCACUCAGGCAGUUCUCGAUACCCAGGAGCCCAAAGGUAUUCAGCACCAUCACCUGUGUACCAAGACAACUCACUGGCUUACGCUGGACCACCAGGUGUGUACUCCGCUCAGCCGGCACACGUCAACGGGGGCUACAAUAGCCCAGUGCCACAAUUACCUUCUCCUUAUGGAUAUCCGUUUUCUCCUUCAUCUACGUCUUCUGUGCUUCAUCCUCCGCCUACUGCCCCAACAUUUCCACCACCCCCAUCUGCCCCAUCCACUUCUCCUCCCCCCUUCACCUUAUCUCCAACGGCCCCUCCAUACAACGAGCUGUCUUUUGCACCAAUGGCGAACACAGACUUUCUGGGUCAAUCGGAUGAAGCUCCUCCAGAAUAUUCGCUCCUGUUCCCGUCUGCUGCGACUGACAAAUCGGUGGCAAAAUGAGAGAGAAUAUGCGCAACGACUGAAUCGCUUUGUUAAUCAAGACGUAAAAACACUAAUACUUAUUCAAACGGGAAAUCUCGUCACCAGAUUGUGUCUUUCGGUUUGAAGUGCAAAAGUAACUUUGUGCGAUAUUUACUGCUUGCAUGUAAACAAUAACAUUGAAAAAAGAGAUGUUUGGAUUAUAUGGGAAUGUCGUGUUCCUGCCAGUUGAUGUCGCUUUGUGCAGGUGCCUAAACAGCCCUCCGGAUACACUGUGUACGCGUGCCUUGAUCAACUCAAGAGUCCUUGACUGACUAUUUCUUCAGUGUUCUUUAGUUUAUACCUAUUAUCUCUACCUCACUCUUCUUUAAGGAGGAUGGUUAAAAGAAACUGGAUGACAACAAAUCUUUUUAUGUGUUUAUAUAAAGCUAAACUAAGGAAAAGUAUGUAUUCCUAGUUCCCAGUCUGUAAUUUUAACACCAUACUACUUGUGUAUAUUUAAGUUACACAACUGCCAGUGUUGUUUUUGACUUGUAGAUGUGAAUAAAGUAUUGCAACAGAA